CUCCAGCACAAUCCACCUGAGUGCGCGACUUGACGCGGGAAAUCCAUUCACCGCCUUGGCAACAUCCUGUUGGCUGGACGUUUGCAUCAAAGAGAGCCUACACUACCUAUUACGGACUAGCGCACUGCACAUCCCUGCCUCAACUGCCUGUACUCCAACUACUUAAGACGUUCCCACAACAUCUCAUUCCUUCAUCUAAUCUAUAUUCUCCUAUAUCAUAAGAUGCUGAUCCCUUUCAUCCAACGUCGUCAUUUCACUCCUCUCCUUCCCUAAUCUUGCCAAUGGCUACCUUUCAAUUAGAAAACCAAUGUCCAACAUGUGAUUGGUCGGAUUCAAAGCGAAAAACCUGCCGCUACACAAGCCAUGUAAAACUCUUCUACGGCGCCGACACGCGGGGCGUCUGGUCUCUGGGAUCCGAUGUGGUCCUCAAGGAACGGCCGAAUAUAGGUUCCCAGGAUGAAAUGGCCAACAUUCAGUUUGUCAAAGAAAAUACUCAAAUUCCAAUACCUUCCGUUAUAAAGGAAUGGACUGAUGACAACGAUCGACAUUUUGUCCUCAUGGAACGCAUUAAAGGUCAAACACUUGAGGAUGCGUGGCCAACCCUGUCCAGUUCUGAUAAAGAACGUAUAGCGGAUCAAGUGGCCAAAUGUCUGGUGCAGUUGAGGAGCUUGCAGUCUCCCCAAAUGCAGAGCCUCAACCAUCGCCCUCUAUACUCAGGUUGGCUGUUCCUUCGUGAGCCUCUGACCCCACAUGGCCCGUUUACCUCGGAAACCGAGUUUUGGGAUUAUCUCUCGCUCAAGUUAACCAAAUUACCCAAGGAGGCAUUAGCGAGAUUGAGAACACGUCUCCCUCCAUCAGCUCCGUAUACGUUUACACACGGCGAUUUAACCUUCUGCAAUAUUAUCGUUAAGGACGGAAACCUGGCUGGGAUUCUUGACUGGGAAGACGCGGGAUACUUCCCGGUUUGGUGGGAAUAUGUAGCUGCGACCAUUGGUUUGGGUGAAGGAGAUGCGGAGUGGAAGGCCCUGUUACGAGGAAAGUUGGGUUAUGAUUGCCUCGAGGCAAAGAACUUUUGGCGAGAUUUUUACUCUCUACAUUUCUAUCCGGACUUGGACGAGGCGGGUCAGCAGCUGCUAGAGACCUUGCUGGAGGACAGUAAGUAA